AGCUUUGGAGCGCGCGGGGUCCCGUGAGUGAAGCCGAAGCUGCGGAGAAGCAGGAGCGCGGGAGUUGGCGCAGCGCAGUCAUGGUGGGCCACCUGAGCGAGGGGGCCAUUGCGGUCAUAAUGCAACAGGGAGAUACAUCCAUAAAACCCAUCCUCCAAGUCAUUAACAUCCGUCCCAUUAUUACAGGGAGUAGUCCACCCCGUUAUCGACUGCUUAUGAGUGAUGGAUUGAACACUCUAUCCUCUUUCAUGUUGGCAACACAGUUGAACCCUCUGGUUGAGAAAGAACAAUUGUCUAGCAAUUGUAUUUGCCAGAUUAACCGAUUCAUUGUUAACACUCUGAAAGAUGGAAGGAGAGUAGUUAUUUUGAUGGAGUUAGAGAUUUUGAAAUCCGCUGAAGCAGUUGGAUUAAAGAUUGGCAAUCCCGUGCCCUAUAAUGAAGGACAUGGGCAGCAGCAGAUAGUUCCUUCCUCAGGACAUGGGCAGCAGCAGAUAGUUCCUUCCUCGGUCUCAGCGGCCAACCCACCAGCCAGCAAGCCCCAGCAGCAGAAUGGGAGCUCAGCAAUGGGUUCCACUGCAUCUAAGACUUAUGGUGUCUCAAAGACACUUGGAAAAGCUGGAGGUACCAGCCUCGUGAACAGUUCUGGAGGAACACAGGUCAAAGUGGUACCCAUUGCCAGCCUCACCCCUUACCAAUCCAAGUGGACUAUCUGUGCUCGAGUUACCAACAAAAGUCAGAUCCGUACCUGGAGCAAUUCCCGAGGGGAAGGGAAGCUUUUCUCCAUAGAACUAGUUGAUGAAAGUGGUGAAAUCAGAGCUACUGCUUUCAAUGAGCAAGUGGACAAGUUCUUUCCCCUUAUCGACAUGAACAAGGUCUAUUAUAUCUCCAAAGGCACCCUGAAGAUUGCUAACAAACAGUUCACAGCUGUUAAAAAUGACUAUGAGAUGACCUUCAACAAUGAGACUUCUGUCAUGCCCUGUGAACAUGGUCAUCAUUUACCUACAGUUCAGUUUGAUUUCACAGGGAUUAGUGAGCUGGAGAACAAGGCUAAAGACUCACUUAUAGACAUAAUUGGGAUCUGCAAGAGCUACGAAGAUGCCACCAAAAUCACAGUGAAAUCUAACAACAGAGAAGUUUCUAAGCGAAAUAUCUAUUUGAUGGACAUGUCAGGGAAAGUGGUCACCACUACUCUGUGGGGAGAGGAUGCUGAUAGAUUUGAUGGUUCUAGACAACCCGUGAUGGCUAUCAAAGGAGCCAGAGUUUCUGAUUUUGGUGGACGGAGCCUCUCUGUACUGUCUUCAAGCACGGUCAUUGUGAAUCCUGACAUCCCGGAGGCCUAUAAGCUUCGUGGAUGGUUUGACUCAGAAGGACAAGCCUUAGAUGGUGUUUCCAUCUCUGAUCUAAAGAGUGGAGGAAUAGGAGGGAGCAACACCAACUGGAAAACUUUAUUUGAGGUUAAAUCAGAGAACCUGGGCCAUGGUGACAAGGCCGACUACUUUAGCUCUGUGGCGACAGUAGUGUAUCUUCGCAAAGAGAACUGUAUGUAUCAGGCCUGCCCAACUCAGGACUGCAAUAAGAAAGUGAUUGACCAGCAGAAUGGAUUAUACCGCUGUGAAAAGUGUGACAGUGAAUUUCCCAGCUUCAAGUACCGCAUGAUCCUGUCAGUAAAUAUUGCUGAUUUUCAAGAGAAUCAGUGGGUCACUUGUUUCCAGGAAUCUGCAGAGACCAUCAUUGGACAAAGCACUGCUUAUCUUGGGGAGUUAAAAGAGAAGAAUGAGCAAGCAUUUGAGGAAGUUUUCCAGAAUGCCAACUUCCGAUCUUUCACAUUCAGGAUCAGGGUGAAACUGGAGACCUACAAUGACGAGUCUCGAAUUAAGGCCACCGUGAUGGACGUGAAGCCGGUGGACUACAGAGAAUAUGGCAGAAGGCUGAUCAUGAACAUCAGGAGAAAUGCGCUGAUGUGAGAAGAGCAGGGCUGAUGGGGUAGAAGUUUGGAGAGGCAAAGCUGAAAUGGAACCGCUUCCUUCCCCCCUCCCCGCGUGACGUUUCCGCGUGAGCUGUGCGGCACAGAGAGCCUCUCUGAGGCGGCUGAAGCGCUUUCCUCCCUCGGGCGCCUCUUGGAGCCCAUCGUGCCCGCUGAUAGGCACGGCAGACGGGCUCCGACGGCUCUGGUGCAAACUAUCUGUCCCAGGGGGUCGGUGGCCCGUAAUGUAGUGCCGGCCACUCCCUCUGUCUUCAGGCUUUUGUCCGUUUUAUUAAGAUUUCAUUAUCUUCAAGCAGGAAUUAUGUCACAAGUAAUUGACCCUAACUCUGCAGACAGUGAAAGAAAUUAUGGAAUGAGGGUUUCCGCCUCUCCCGUGGCGAUACCCUCAAGACUUGGGCUCCCUCUCAGGAGGGGGGGCUGAGAAGCGGGUGUGCGGGGCCUGCACUGUAGUGUGAGUGUGUCUUUCUGGAAUGCAAAGGCUCUCUCUUUCGAGAGGUGCCACAUAGUUGUUAAUGCCUGGAAUGGUAAUAGGGUAGAAUUAUUAAUCAAAGACAUAUCUUUUAUAUCUGAAGAAUAUCCCUCCUUCAGGGUUUAAUAGGCUGAGUCAGAUGGGUCUGAUAUUCAUCAAAAUUGUCUCUUCUGAGGAAAGCUGAUAAGCAUUGACUUGCUGUCCCCCAGGGACAUCCCGGCAACUACAAAGCAUUGCUUUAAUUUUCACUUCAAUUAAUGUUGCUUUUGGGUUGGCGAAUGCACACUUUUUCUACCUGUACAUAUUUCUUACACUUGUAUGUUUCAUUUCUUGAUUAAAGCUAUGUUAAAUAGAAGGGAUUUUGAAGGAGAGGCCCUUUGUUUCCCCUGCUUUGUUUUAAUAAACAGAAUACUCUCUGCGUGUGAAUCCUA